AUGAAUGUAAUAACAUCAGACAUUCCACCUAAUGGUGGAUCAAAACCAAAAGAUUUGGGAUUAAAACGUAAAUAUUCAAUGGUAAAAGCCGAUAAUCUACUUAUUAAUAAUUAUAUAUGGGUACAAUCUCCUAAUAAAAAUAUAACUCAUAGAUAUUUAGUAGGGACAGUUGUUGGAUUUUCUGGAAAUAAGAUAUGUGUUAAACUUGAAGAAGGAGAAGUUGAAGUUGAAAAUUCUUUAUGUUUUAAUUAUAAUGUAGGUGUAGAUCCAUAUCAAAUAAAUGAUCUUACUAAAUUAGCACAUACUAAUGAAGCUUCUGUUUUAUAUAUUUUAAAUGAAAGAUUUAAAAAGGAUUUAAUUUAUUCUUAUGUAGGAAGACUUCUCAUUGCAGUAAAUCCAUUUAAAAUGAUUAGUGGGCUUUAUGGAAAGGAAAAUAUACAAAAAUAUAAAAAAGCAGAUUAUAGAUUUGGUUUACCAAGUAAUUUACCACCACAUACUUUUGCUAUUGCUCAAAAAUCAUUGCAACUAUUAGAAUCUCAAAAAUCAAAUCAAUCAUGUAUUGUUACAGGGGAAUCUGGAGCAGGUAAAACUGAGACAGCUAGACAAUUAAUGAAUUAUUAUGCAUUAGUAGGUGAAAAUAUAAAUAAUAAAGUUCAAGACGUUAUUUUAGGAGCUAAUCCUUUAUUAGAAGCACUUGGAAAUUCUAAGACACUACGUAAUAAUAAUUCAAGUCGUUUUGGAAGAUUUAUUAAACUUUGUAUAGAUAAUUCAAAAGGUAUUACUGGAGGUUGUAUAUCAAGUUAUAUGUUAGAAUUAAGUAGAAUUGGUCAUCAAAUAGAAAAUGAAAGAUCUUAUCAUAUAUUUUAUCAAAUUUUAAAGUAUUAUAAAUUAGAACCAAAUAUUUCAAAAUUUAAAUUUAGAGAAAUCAGUUGGUAUAAAUAUUUAAAUUCUUCAAAAUGUUAUGAUGUUGAUACAAUAGAUGAUGUUAAGGAAUUUUCUUUAAAUGUUUACCCCCAGAUGGAAAGAAUUCUCUCUAAAAAGGAAGAUAUAGAAGAACUUAUUUGUUUAUAUUCAGGAAUAUUACUAGUUGGUAAUAUAGAAUUUGAUGAGCAUGAAGCCAUGGGCACAGAUAAUGCAGCAUAUAUUAAAUCUCAUGAUAUAUUUGAUGAUAUUUCAACUUUAUGGGGGGUAGAUAAGAAAACUUUUGAAGAAUUAAUUUUAACAAAUAGUAUUGACAUUAGAGGAACAAAAGUUACUUCUGCAUUAACUCCAACUAGAGCCUUAGAACAAAUUGAAAGUUGUGCCAAAGAAAUAUAUUUAAAAUGUUUUGAAUAUUUGAUAAAACUUAUUAAUAUUGCAAUUCAAUUUGAUGAAUCAAAAAAUUUUUGGAUUGGUAUAUUAGAUAUAUAUGGAUUUGAAGUUUUUAAAAUUAAUGGAUUUGAACAAUUUUUAAUUAAUUUUGCAAAUGAGAAAUUACAACAAUUUUUUGUACUAUCAGUCUUUGAAACUGAAUUAAAAGAAUAUGAGGAUGAAUUGAUUGUACAUGAUGAUAUUAAAUAUGAAGAUAAUGCAUCUCUUGUUCAUUUAUUUGAUGGGAAGGGUGGAUUAUUUGAUUUAUUAGAAGAGGCAUGUUUAUUAGCAAAUAGUACAUAUGAAAAUUUCACAAAUUCCUGCCAUAAAAUGUGUAAGAAUAAAACUGGUUAUUUGUUACCUAAAGGUUCAGUUGAAGAUAAAUUUAUAAUUGAGCAUACAGCAAAAACAGUAGAAUAUACAACUAAAGAAUUUGUAAUAAAGAAUAAACAUCGUUUAAGACCAGAAAUUAUUGAAUUAUUUAAACAAUCUAAAAAUAAUAUUAUAAAGAAGUCAUUUGAAAAUGUUGAAAUUAUAAAUUCAAAUAAACUUAAAGGUAAAUUUGUUGCAAAUAUAUUUAAAAUUUCAAUUGAUGAAUUAUUAAAUAUAUUACAUUCUACAAGUGCACAAUUUAUUAGAUGUAUAAAACCUAAUGAGAAAAAAGUUGCUGAUCUAAUUGAGCCUGAUAUGGUUGUUGAUCAGUUACAGAGUUUAUCAAUAAUGGAAGCUAUUUUAUUAUUACAAAAAGGUUACGCAUAUAGAGAAACAUUUGAAAAUUUUAUAAAAGAGAAUAUGAUAAUAAUGAAAUUAUUAGGGCAGAAUAUUUAUAACGAAUCUUCUGAUCCUAAAGAACAAUGUAUAAAAGCUAUGAAAAGUAUGAAAAUACCUGAAAAAGAAUGGCAAAUAGGUAAAACAAAAAUAUUUAUUAAGAAAGAUGGUUGGUUAGCAGUGGAACGUUAUUUUAGAUCAUCUAUUAAGAAGUUAUUACCUAUAGUUGAAUGCUUGGUUUCAAUAUAUAGAAUUACUACAGUUAGAGAAAAAAUGUUAAAUAGAGUUUCAAUGUUAAUUCGAUGUCAAAGUCUAGCUAAAACAUAUAUUAAGACUAGAUUUUUAAUUCAACGCAAUAAGCUUGUAAAAACUUUUAUUGGAAUUGUAUUAUUAAUGAAUACAUCAAAAAUUGUAAUUCGUUGUGAAAAAGCUGCAUUAAAAAUACAAAAAGUAUAUAGAGGAUAUAAAGUAAGAGCUAGUGUUAAUAAUGAACUUAAGAAGAAAAUUGCUGGUAAAAAAAUAUAUAAGCUAAUUAGGAGUUUAGUUAUUGCAUUAAGGAUUAAGAAGAAAUGGAUGAAUGUAAUAAUAGCAAUAAGAUCAAAUAGGGCUGCUUCACGUUUACAAAAAGCUUGGAGAAGAUAUAGAAUUAAUAAGUUUAUUAAAGAAUUAAAAAAAAAUGUUAUUCAACAAGUAAAAGCUUUAAAAAUCCAAUCUUGUUGGAGAUAUUAUUAUUUACGUAAAAUAAUGUUACAUUAUAUUAAAAUUGCAGUCCCUGCUAGAAAAAUUCAAAGUUUAUGGAGAGGAUAUUGGGUAAGGAAAUAUAUGGUUCAUGCUGCAGAAUUUGAUAAAAUUAGAGAUAAAUUAAGAAAGGUACAUUAUAUAAUAAUUAUUCAAAGUAUGAUACGUCGAUAUUGGAUUUUAGCACAUUUAGAACAGUUAUAUUGGUCUGCCGAUUUCUUACAACCUAUAAUUCAUUCAAAAUUAACUAGAGUAUAUUGGAAAAAACUUAAAAAUUCUGUAAUUUGUAUUCAAAGUUGGUGGAAAGGUGAUAGAGUAAGACAAAUUAUUCGAGAAGAAAGAUUAAAUGUAUUAUUAAUGUCAGAAAGAGUUCGAACUCAAUAUCUUACCCGUUGUGAAUGUAGAAAUGUUUUAGCAUGGGAUAUUGAACGUAGGAAUAUGAAUAGAAUUAUUAUUGGUUCAUCUAAAGAAAAACCCCCACAGGAAGGAUUACAAGUUAUCCAAAUAGUAGUUGAUGUAGAUAUAUCAAGAGAAUAUCCUGUAGGAUGGAUGGAAGGAUUAAAAGGACUAAAUUUUAGUGAAAAUUAUAUAAAAGAUAUUGCUAUUGGAGGUUUUCAUACAGUUGUUUUAACAGGAAGUGGAAAAGUCUAUACAUUUGGUAUGAAUGAUAAAGGACAACUUGGAGUUGGUAAAAAUUCCAUAGAACUAUUAGGUCGUGCUAUUAUAAGACUUAAUAAUCCAUUACAAUUAACAAAAAUAAAAUCUAUUUCUUCUGGUAUAGAUCAUUGUAUAGCCUUAUCAACUAGUGGGAUGAUUUAUUGUUGGGGAGCUAAUGAUUAUGGACAAUGUGGAUCUAAUGUAAAUAAUACAUAUUUAAUUUCUCCAACUAUUAUUACAUUACCUUCUAAUUCAAAAAAUACAAUAUUUACGUUUGCAGAAGCUGGAGGAUUCCAUUGUGUUGCAAUAACUUCAGAAAAUAAAAUUCUUGUUUGGGGAAGAGGAUUUGAUCUUGGUCUAGAAGGUGUUAAUGGAUCAAUUUUUACACCAAUGCAAUUAAAUUCCCCAAAUUUACAGAAAUUAGGUAAUAUUAAUUCUUUACAUUGUGGAUUAGCCACAACAUUCCUAUUAGGGGUAAAUGGAUAUAUUGCAGUAUUUGGAAGAUCAACUUAUGGUAUUUUAGGUUUGGGAAGAGGAGUUUACUCUACAAAAAGACCAAAAAUUAUUACAAGUAUUUGUCGUGUAAUAGAUUUGUCUGUUGGAUACAAUUUUGUAUUAGCAGUUACUACAGAUGGAAAUGUAUAUCAAUGGGGUCAAAUUCCUGUUUGGAAUCCAUUAUUAGAAAGGCCAGUACCAACUAAUUUUUAUACUCCACAAUUUGUAAAAUUAAAUUCGAAUAAUAAUCCUGUACUUCAAGUCCAAGCUGGUUGGUGGCACUCUGUUAUAAGAAUGAAGAAUAAUUUAUUAUUAAGUUGGACAUUCUUAGAAAAUAAUAGCGAAGUUUUAUAUAAAAAUUCUAAUAAACAGGCAAAAAUGAAAAAUAUAUCUGAAAAUGUUAUUAAACCAGUUAUCUUUAAGCUUGAACUAGCAGAAGGUAGAUGUACUAAAACUAUCCAUGUGGUAUCAUCACCAUCUAUAACAGUAGUAUUAAGAUCUGGUCCUGAUCAUUAUAAUAAAGAUAUUAUUGGAACUAAAGUUUACCAUAAAUAUCUCAUAAAACAAGGUUAUACUGGUACAGAAAUUCCUUUACAAUCUAAAUUAAAAUAUGAUAGUGUUGAUGAAUUAAGUGAUGAUUUAGAAAUAUAUAAAGAUAAAUCAACUAAUGAAUCUUGGGAAAUAUUUAAUAAAAGUUGUAAAUUACUUGAUAUUUUUGAAAGUUCUCCUUAUCCUGCUUUAAAAAAUAGACAAGUCCCAUUUAUUAUAGAUGAUAACAGCUCUGCUAAAGCUUUAAAUAAAGCAAAGAUUAAUUUAAUAAAUGUUCAUACGAGUGUGAAAUCAUCUGCAAUAGGAUCUAAAAAUAUCCAAUUAAAUGGAAGUAGAUAA